AUGGCAGUAAAGGCCCAUGCCAUUCCUCGGAUUGGUGUUCCCUGGAUGCCGCUGAAGGAUAUGGCCCGUAACGUUGCUGCUCUGUGGUUGAUGAUGUCUUUCACAUUGAGCUCUGUGUAUCGAUCAAACCUGAAAGCCAUGAUCAUAUUUCCGAGGAUCCAUCUCCCAUUCUCUUCUCUAGAUGAACUGGCAGAUUCUAAUAUCGAUAGCAUACUUGUUAACGGAUCGGCCAUACACACACACAUAAUGGUAGUUCCUGAGUGGUUCUGUGACUGCUUGAGAGGUAAUGUUAUUGGAACCCUGCUGUCCAAAUCUCCAGGAAUGUUUUAUAAACCUUUACCUGGUGUAUUGUUCGUGAGCCACCAUUACAAGAUGGCAACUUGGAGCUCACCUGGCCAUCCUGAACACCCUCCUGACCACCCUCCUAACCAGGCAGCUGACACUGAAUGGGAGACUAUGUUUUUACAGACCAUACUGAAGUGGGACGAGCAACAAGAAUCACACUACAACAUACUUACUGCAGAAAAAUACGGUUCACUGCUGCAGGAGUUGACUAAUAUUCGCUCCUUACCGCAGUCGGGCAGGUGUAACUAUUACACAUUGUCUCGAGGAUUCCUUGGACCUCUCAGUCUCAGUCUUGCGUUCCCUAAAGGCUCACCGCUCCGGAGAAAAUUUAACCAAAUCAUCACCAGGUUGCGGGAAUCUGGCAUAAUGAUGAAACUAUUUACUAACGGUAUGGUUAACAGUACUCAAUGCAUCUCACACACUGGCUCCUACUACUUGUUUGCUGCCAAAGAAAGACCUCUCCAACUGAAGGAUUUUUAUGGAGUAUUUUUGGUUUACACUAUAGGGCAGUUUUUGGGAUUAUGUCUUUUCUUCGUGGAGCUGGGCCGCAGCGGACAACGAUUACACACCUAAACGUCUCUUCCAUCUACAGAAACCAAUUUCACCGAAUUCUGAAGCAUCAUCUUGUUAUUCUUGACACAUGUCUUAGAAAUCAGUUCUAAAUAUAGAUGUUAUAAACCUUAGUAUUUACUUUUUAGGCUCUGAUAUGUUUAAAUAUCUGUUAUGGUCUUUCAUUUACUGUUACUAUAUGCCUUGCUUGUUUCAAAGAUGACGUUCAACGCUAUACUUUGCUCUCUCUCUCUCUCUCUCUCUCUCUCUCUCUCUCUCUCUCUCUCUCUCUCUCUCUCUCUCUCUCUCUCUCUCAAGUUUUCAAGGUUACACAGAUGAAUUGUCAGAUUUUUAAGGGUAUUUUUCACAAUUAACAAAUAUCACUGGCACCAUGAAAACUCACUUGAAAAUCCCAAUAACUUCCACUGCAGCCUCUCAAACUUUGGAAUCAUGAAAACCCCAAUAACUUCUACUGCAGCCUGUCAAAUUAUAGAACCAUGAAAACCUUAACAACUUACAGUGCACCCUACCAAACUAUCACUGGCACCACCCAUGGAAACCUCAAUAACUUCCAUUGUAAUCUGUCAAACUAUAGAACCACAAAAAUCUCAACAAAUUACACUGUAGCCUGUCAAACUAUAGAACUAUGAAAACCUCAACAACUUCCACUGCAGCCUGUCAAAUUAUCACCGGCAUCAUGAUAACACCCCUGAAAACCUCAAUAACUUCCAUUGCAAUCUGUCAACCUAUAGAAUCACAAAAAUCUCAACAACUUCCACUGUAGCCCGUCAAAUUAUCAGUGGCACCAUGAAAACACCCUUCAAAACCCCAAUAUCUUCCACUACAGCCUGUUUGAAGUGGUAGAGACAAGAGAGCAGAUACAGAAAGUACAAGUUAAUGUGUUACUGUAUCCUGUGUUUACUUCUGUGUUGUUUUCAAUUGCUGCUUCAAACUGUAAUAGACCGUGUUGCAUUCAGAGGUAAAUAUUAAAUUGAUAAAUUAUUAAGCCUGGUCUUCAUAUAUGUUAGAUUAACGUGUGUGUGUGUGUGUGUGUGUGUGUGUGUGUGUGUGUGUGCAGAGCUACACGCACAUAAUCCGAGGAACCUUUGAUCAUAGAAGCAGAGAUCAAAUAAAAUAAGAAAUAACAAUAACAUUUGAAUAGAUGAAUAAAUAAAUAAAUAAAAAAAAAUACAAAAUAAUAAUAAAAAUAAUUGUUGGCGCCAGGGGUUUGAAUGAUGUUGACGCCAGGGGUUUGAAUUUGACUCACUUGGGUUGUGAGGGAGAA